GCCGGCCCCGCCUCUCCGUCCGCCGCGAUCUCCGCACAGCUCGCCCGCAGCCUCGCAGACCGCCCAGCCAUGGAGAGGCGGUCCCGGCGGCCUCAGCUCCUCUGGCUGCUGCUGCUCUGCGGCACCUGUGCUCGUGUAUGUGGCUGCAACGAGACCCGGAUGCUGGAGAGGCUGCCCCGGUGCGGGAAGACCUUCGCCGAGAGGAUGCGUGAUGUGGCCGUCUGGAAGUGGUGCGACCUGUCCCAGUUCAUCGUGUUCUAUGAGAGCUUCACUAACUGUACUGAGGAGGAGACCAUCGUUGUGGGCUGCUACUGGCCCAAUCCACUGGCCCAGGGCUUCAUCACCGGCGUCCACCGGCAGUUCUUCUCCAACUGCACGGUGGACAGGGCCCACUGGGAGGACCCGCCCGACGAGGUGCUCAUCCCGCUGAUCGCGGUGCCGGUCCUGCUGACUGUGGCCAUGGCUGGCUUGGUGGUGUGGCGCAGCAAACGGACGGACCGGCUGCCGUGACCUCGGGCCGGGCCGGGCCGGGCCGGGCCUGCUGGAAGGCCAUCCCCUGGGCCCCCUGGAGCUGUGAACACCAUCGCUGUCUGCCCUUCCCGGUCAUGGCAGACACCUUCCUGCCCAGGCCGGCGCUGUCCCUGGUGGCGGCCGCCGGGACUCCAUGCUUGCUCUUAUGUCAGAACUUGUGUGCCGAGCGUCACAUCUCACGUCAUCUGCUGCUGAGCCCUGCAGUCCCCUGUGCUGGAGAGGGUGGGCGAGGGCACUGGGCGAGGGACAGACCAGGCCCCCAGGAGCCCCGUGUGACCCUCCUGUCUGCUCCCUCACGGCCUGGGCUGCUGCCGGGGAAGCCAGCCCCUCACCGGGCCUCCCUCCUGGGGCGCCCGAGAGCCUGUGGUCCUGUGCCGUGUCUGCUACCAGCUGUGCUUUCUCUGAGUAAAGAGUCUGUGUCCGCACCUUCA